GUGGAGACCAGCCUUGACCCACCAGUUCACCACCGCUCGUGCGCCGCGAGACGCAGCAGCGAACUCUGCCCACCCUGACCCGUCGUUUCCGGGGAGCGGAUCGCCCGACCUGCCUCCACCCGCCAGGCGCGUCCGCCGCCGUCUGCCUCCAGAUCCGCUGGUGGCUCUCAGGCUAUCCUUCUCUGCGAACCGACUCUUCGCGCGAGUCAGCAGCUCGGCGCCCGCGCUCGAACAGAAGAGUCGAGAGGAGGGAGGAGCGGCCGGCGGCGGAAGAGGAUGUCGUACCUGCUGCCGCAUCUGCACUCGGGGUGGGCGGUGGACCAGGCCAUCCUCGCCGAGGAGGAGCGCCUCGUCAUCAUCCGCUUCGGCCACGACUGGGACGAGACCUGCAUGCAGAUGGAUGAAGUGCUGGCAGCAGUAGCUGAAACCAUUAAGAACUUUGCGGUCAUCUACCUUGUGGACAUCACCGAGGUCCCUGACUUCAACACCAUGUACGAGCUGUACGACCCAUCAACGGUGAUGUUCUUCUUCCGAAACAAGCACAUCAUGAUCGAUCUCGGGACGGGAAACAACAACAAGAUCAACUGGGCCCUCAAAGACAAGCAGGAGUUCAUCGACAUCGUGGAGACGGCCUACAGGGGUGCCCGGAAGGGCCGUGGUCUGGUGAUCGCCCCCAAGGACUACUCCACCAAGUAUCGUUACUAAGAAGACAAUUCGCGCUAGCUUCGCUGCUGCUGCUGCUGCUGUUCUGCAGUACAAGUUGCUAGCCUAGUGCCUUCCCCUUGUGUUAGGGGGAUGUUUACUCAGACAGUCAAGCAAAGGGUGUUUGAUUUGAGUAUUGCUCUGUAUCUUGCAUGUCGUAAUAAACCUGUAAAGUUGUAACUGUGAGCUGAUUGUUCGGGAAUGCUGGUUUGGUACUCGAGACUGCCCAAUCCAUGGCUUUGUUCUGGAUAUUGGCGCGUAUUCCCCUGUC